GACUUCAGCUUCACAGCGGUUCUCUUUUCAUUCGACCUCUUCUUGUUCUGGCUGGGCUUGGGUCGGCAGCAGGGGCACAGCGACGACGUGAUCCGCCGUGACCAGGCGCAGGGCUUCCUUAGCGGCCUAUUCUCCCCCCACCCCUCUCAGUUAUCCCCUUCACAGGCCGUCGCCGCUGGCCAGAGCGGUGACCUGGCGGGCCGCGCCUGCGCUCUUCCCGUUUCCUGCCUGGCUGGUGGCGGUGGCCAUUUUGUUCAUCCUCCUCCUCCUCUCGCUCCUCCUGGUUGGAGCGCAGUGUCCGGAGCGGGCUGGGGGGAGAGAGCCCGAGAGCAGGGUUCGGUACCUUUUCCUCUGUCCCCAGCCGGUGCCCGGAGCCCCCCCCCUUUCCUCCCCGCCCCCUCCCCUCCCCAGCCCUGCCCUCCCCCUUGUCCCGGGAUCGCUCCGUCGCACCCACCAUGAUGGAAGACGACGGACAGCCCCGAACUCUACAAGAACUGCUACAUCUUCCUAGGUCUUACCCCCUGCAGCACUUAGUUCACUGCCUGGAACAUAAGAGAUAUGUAGGUAACCUCUCCAGAGAUGUGACAGAAGUCCUUAUACUACAGUUAUUCAGUCAGAUUGGACCUUGUAAAAGCUGUAAAAUGAUAACAGAGGAAAUGCCUUCUGGUUGCUUCGCCACUAUUCUUUUAGACGUCUUAUUUUGGAUUUUUCUUCUAAAAGUUUCCUGGAAUGAAAAACAGUGGUUGUUGAAAAGAUCUUUAGUUUAUCUGGUAUUUUUAUCCCUUCAACCCGAUAGCAGAAGGGUCAACUCUUCUGUUGGAUUUUCUGUUUUGCAGCAUACAAGCAAUGACCCAUAUUGCUUUGUGGAAUUUUAUGAACACAGAGAUGCAGCUGCUGCAUUAGCUGCUAUGAAUGGGAGAAAAAUUUUGGGAAAGGAGGUCAAAGUAAACUGGGCAACAACACCAAGUAGCCAGAAAAAAGAUACUUCCAAUCACUUCCAUGUGUUUGUUGGGGAUUUGAGUCCAGAAAUUACAACAGAAGAUAUCAAAUCAGCAUUUGCCCCCUUUGGUAAAAUAUCGGAUGCCCGAGUAGUUAAAGACAUGGCAACUGGAAAAUCCAAAGGCUAUGGUUUUGUAUCUUUUUAUAACAAACUGGAUGCAGAAAAUGCAAUUGUGCAUAUGGGAGGUCAGUGGUUGGGUGGUCGUCAAAUCAGAACCAACUGGGCCACUCGUAAACCACCUGCACCUAAAAGUACACAAGAAAAUAACACUAAGCAGUUGAGAUUUGAAGAUGUAGUAAACCAGUCAAGUCCAAAAAAUUGUACUGUGUACUGUGGUGGAAUUGCUUCUGGGUUAACAGAUCAGCUUAUGAGACAGACAUUCUCACCAUUUGGACAAAUUAUGGAAAUAAGAGUUUUUCCAGAGAAGGGCUAUUCAUUUGUCAGAUUUUCAACCCAUGAAAGUGCUGCCCAUGCCAUUGUUUCAGUGAAUGGCACUACGAUCGAAGGACAUGUGGUUAAAUGCUAUUGGGGUAAAGAAUCUCCUGAUAUGACUAAAAACUUCCAACAGGUCGACUAUAGUCAGUGGGGCCAGUGGAGCCAAGUUUAUGGAAACCCACAACAGUAUGGACAGUAUAUGGCCAAUGGGUGGCAAGUACCGCCUUAUGGAGUAUAUGGGCAACCAUGGAAUCAACAAGGAUUUGGAGUAGAUCAACCACCUUCUGCUGCUUGGAUGGGCGGAUUUGGUGCUCAGCCUCCCCAGGGACAAGCUCCUCCCCCUGUAAUACCUCCUCCUAACCAAGCUGGAUAUGGUAUGGCAAGUUACCAAACACAGUGAGCUGGGACUCUAAACAAAAUUGUAAUUCAUGAUAGCUUCAGUUUCCUGUGACACUCUGAAGACAUGAAAGUAGACAUCGGAAAAUGAAAAUAUUUAUUUUAAAAAUUGAAAUGUUUGGAACCUUUAGCACAGCUUUGCUUUGGUGAAGGACACAUGUCUUCUAGUUCUGCCUUUUUAAGUUUUGUUCAUGAUGGAUAUGAACAUGAUUUUUCUUUGUGUACAAAAACUAAAAUAAAGUCAAUAAAGACAAUUCUGACUACAAA